AUUGGAGGAGUUUUGUUAAUCUGUACACAUCUCCAUUUUUCUUUAAGGGAAGAUCUCAGUCUAUUCCAGCAGAAGGGAAACAAAAUGAAGCCGACUCAAUUUGCUUUAUUCCUUCUCAUUUCCUGCAUCAGUGUGUGCUGUGAAAAAGGUCUUGAAAAGAAGUCUCUGAUUUUCCCUGAGGAAACUAACAGCAGUUAUGUGAUCCUUCAUCCUGUUAAGCCCAUGAACCUCACAGCCUUCACACUUUGCAUGCGCCUCGCUUCAGAGUUACCCAACAAACGAGACACUAUCCUGUUUUCCUAUUAUAUGGCAGGAGAUGCACUAAAUCUGUGGAGUGAACCUGGAGUUUUUACUUUGUACUUGCUUAACUCAACUCCUGCAAGUUUCAGGUUUCCUCAGCUCAGCACAUUCUGGACAAAUCUGUGUGUAACAUGGAAGUCAUCAUCUGGAUUGACUACCUUUUGGGUGAAUGGCAGGAGGAGUGUCAGGAAAGUUUAUAGACAGGGACACCACAUUCAAAAAGGGGGAAGUGUAAUUCUCGGUCAAGAUCAGGAUAGAUGGGGGAGUUCAUUUGACAGCACUCAAAGCUUUACUGGAGAAAUAACCAACGUUCAUCUGUGGGACUAUGCGCUAUCGUCUGAUGAAAUACUCAGUGCUAGUGAAGGAUAUACUGAGCCCGAAGGAAACGUAAUUGAUUGGAAUUCUGUGGAGUAUGAAGCUAAAGGAAAUGUAUUAAUAGAACCUGUUAAUGACUAGGACUCUAGCAUGUAAUGUUGUUUUUUCUUAAAUGCGGCCAAUGAAUUUUAGUCAUUUUUAUUAUAAUGUUCCUAAAUAAAGAAGUGGCAAGACUUGAAGUUGUGCCAGAGUUUCAAAAUGUGGGACUGUGUGUUUUCAUCUGAAAAAAAUAUAUGCCGGCAAUAAACAACAUGCUUAACCCAAAGGGAAUGUGACUCAUUGGCUCUCUGGAAAUGUUUUAAUAAAAGCAGUUAAUGACAAGGCA